AUGAUGACUAUGGACAUUAGCAUGUACGGGCAGCACGACCAACCGCACGCCAGUUCGUAUCAUCACACGACAACGGAUUCGGUUUAUCAUCCCUAUUAUAACACCAACGAUGCCGGAACUGGAUACGGGCAAACAGCUCCUAGUUAUCAUCAAUCAGUAGGAUAUCACGAAACGUACCACCAUCAUCAUGAUGGUUAUGGUACGCAAAUAUUAUACGAUGGAUCGGGAACCUCGCCGCCUCCUGACACGCAUUUUUACAGCCAAGGUUCUUUGGGUCAACUCGGCUUGCACCUCGAAUCACCGACGGAUCCCAUCAUCAGCACAGAUAACGGUCUGAGUUAUACGAACCUUGAUUAUAACAACGGAGGCACGGGUAUUAACAACGGACCGAACGGUGCUCUUUACCCGCACCCGGGGUAUGAUCAAUCCCCUGCUUACAUGAGAAGCCCCAUAGACGACUCUAAAGGAUAUCCGCAUGAAACAGAAGUGGCUUUUCAGGCAAUCGACUUCAACCAGCAUCAUCAACAACAACAACAACAACAACAGCAACCACAUUUGCACCACACGCCUCAUCAGCAACACCACAUAUCGCAUCAGCAAGUAUACGCAAAACAAGAAUGCCAACAAAGAUUGGCACAACCUCACGGACAACAACCUCAUGAACAACCUCAAACAGUUGCGUCGGGGACACCACACAAUUCUCACUCUGUGACCACAUACAGGUGGAUGCAAGUCAAAAGGAACGUACCUAAACCUGCAGGUUCGUAUCUCAAAAAUGCAUCUACUCUACUUGUCAUUGAAAGGAAUGUUUGCUCAUCCGUAGGGAAUUUCAAACCAAACUUGUUCUCAUCGAACCCACCUCGCGUUUGGUAUACCUGCUGA